GUAAUUGUUUGAUGUUUUCCGUGUGGCUUUUUAUUGGUGUCUUGUGAAAGAAAAUGUCCUUUUUGUGUGCCAUAUUUAGCUUCAUUUACAUAUCAAGUAUUUUUAAUAAAUUUUUAUCAGUAAAACUGAACUUUUUGGUUCACAACAAUCUUUAGUGAAACUUUUGUGUUAUGCAAAAUGGUAUCUGUAAGAUACCAGUCCUUUUUUUUGGGCAUUAUUUUGACUUCUGUAACAUGGAUUAUAAUUUUAUAUUUACAUUCAAAAGUUAUGGACAACAAAAUUAUCAGUGAAAACUCUGCAGAGAAUUUUGCAAAAUGGAAACUAAGACCAAGGCUCAACAACAUGCAUCGCAUUGCUCAAGUGGAUGUUCCUUUCGUUGAAUCAAAAGAACUAAGACUUCAAAACAAUUUUGUUGUUAAAAAGUAUUUUCCUAAUAAAGAAAGCAACAUGAUAGAUGGAGAGGAUUUUGACUAUAGCUCAUUCAUAAGCAAAAGUACCUCAAAACAUAUGGACGGAAAUGAUCAAAGUGCAAUGAAAGUGUUGAAUUCCUCUGAUUUAGUUCACCUAGGAAUGAUCAAAUCUCCUGAAGAUCAAAGAAUAAAAGAUGAAGGUUAUAAGAAGCAUGCUUUUAAUCUUCUUAUCAGUGAUCGAAUAGGAUAUCGAAGGCUCAUUCCUUAUACUGCUCAUGCUUUAUGCAAGAAACAGAUGUAUUCCAGAGAUCUUCCAAAAGCCAGUAUUGUUAUAUGUUUCUACAAUGAAGCGUGGUCUACGUUGCUUCGUUUGAUCUACUCUGUUCUCGAGCGUACACCUGAACAUUUACUGCAUGAAAUCAUUCUUAUUGAUGAUUGCAGCGAUGAUGAAACAUUUAGAGAAAAAUUGAAGUUGUAUCUUAGGGAUCAUGCUGGUGGAGAAAAAGUGAAAUUGUUGAGAAUCCAGAGGCGGGCUGGUUUAAUGCGUGCACGGGUAUUUGGUGCACAGCAUGCUUCUGGUGAGGUUUUGGUGUUUUUGGAUAGCCAUUGUGAAGUUAACGAAGUUUGGCUUGAACCUCUUCUGGAACGUAUCAAGCAAAACCAAACAACUGUUGUAUGCCCUAUCAUUGAUAUCAUCAAUGCUGAUACUUUUGAAUAUGUUUCAUCUCCUAUUGUCCGAGGUGGUUUUAACUGGGGCCUGCAUUUCAAGUGGGAUUCUGUUCAACCCAAUCAGUUACGCAGCAAGGAGGAUUUUGUUAAGCCAAUAGAAUCACCGACAAUGGCAGGUGGUUUAUUUGCUAUAACAAAGGAAUAUUUUCAUGAACUUGGUGAAUAUGAUCAAGGCAUGGAUAUAUGGGGUGGCGAAAAUUUGGAAAUAUCCUUCAGGAUUUGGAUGUGUGGUGGUAAACUAGAAAUUAUACCCUGUUCACGAGUUGGACAUGUAUUUCGUCGUCGAAGGCCUUAUGGUUCUCCAGAUGGGGAGGACACUUUAACCUAUAAUUCUCUUCGAGUAGCCCAUGUAUGGAUGGAUGAGUACAUUGAAAACUUUUUUAAAGUUAGACCUGAUGCCAGGGACAAAAAAUAUGGUGAUGUCUCCAGUAGAAUUGAAUUAAGGAAAAGACUCCAAUGUAAGUCUUUUGACUGGUUUAUGACUAAUGUGUAUCCAGAAUUAGGUCCACCACAAACAAAAAGUAAAUCAUCAUCGAAAAAAGCAAAUUUAUCUAAAAUAAAGAAGAAUUCUAUGGAAUGGAAACAAGUAACUGCUGAAACACUUUUUCGUUUUCAGAUUCAGUUGUCUGAGUCAGAACUUUGUAUUGAAUCAGAAGACGAUGUAACUACUAAAGGGUCCUUACUUGUGCUACAGAAAUGUGCUGCGAUAAAGCGUCAGAUGUGGUACGAAACAAGUAAACAUGACAUUAGAUUGGCCCAAUUGCUGUGCUUAGAUGCAGGUGAACGAUUCCCUCGUCUUUCUAAAUGCCAUGAAAUGGGAAGCACUCAAGACUGGAGACAUUCUACUUCAACAAAUACUCCAAUAUAUAAUACUGCUGCUGGACUGUGUCUUGGUUGUAGUAAAGAAAAGGCUGGUGAAUAUGUUACACUUAGUAUUUGCAGCCAACCUGAAUCUCGAAAUUGGAAUCUGUUGUUUCAUUCUCUGCCCUGA